GAGCACUCGAGCCCGAUGGGUGGGGACUUGGUGGGACCCAGACGUCAGUGACCCGUCGACCCAAACCCCGCGUUACGCGCACCCUUCCUCCCAUUAUAAAGAGUCGUCUCCAGAUGCUCUACCCUCCUCCCCGACCAUUACAUUCCGGCGUUCCCCAACCCUUCGACGCCGCGAGGUGAGCACCGAUCCCAAAAAUUGGUUUGAUUUGAAGGAAGGAAAGAAGUUGAACCAUGGGGAAGAGAAAGUCAGCGGCUAAGCCACCUCCUAAGAAGCGGAUGGACAAGCUUGAUACUGUCUUUUCCUGCCCAUUCUGCAAUCAUGGGAAUUGUGUUGAGUGCCGAAUUGACAUGAAGAAUCUGAUUGGUGAGGCUUCUUGUAGAAUCUGUCAGGAGAACUUCAGCACCACUGCUAAUGCACUCACUGAGCCUAUUGACAUAUAUAGUGAAUGGAUUGACGAGUGUGAGCGUGUCAACACUGUUGAAGGUGACGAUGAUGCAUGAGCAUGUCGCCACGCGUGACGUAUUAAACGGGUACUAUGACUGUAAUGUGCUGGCGUUCUCGAAUGCCAUAAUCAGCCAUGUAUGUGGUAACGUUGUAAGGACGGUAGUGGCUGAUUGAUUUGCCAGUAGGCUGUUUAUCUAGCACUUAAUAAACUCCAAAAAGAUGCAGUAUACAUGUAUGUCAAACUCUAUAAGUGGUUAUGCGUGUCUGAUGCCAAUGGACCUAGUGCCUGUCUCAGACGAUGUAACAGUGGUUUUCUGUGAGUAAGUUCUCGUGGUUUAAAUUGUCCCAAA